AUGACAAAACUCCUUGCCAAAUUUAAGCGCACUGCAUUGUCGCCCCUAUUUGACCGAUCCUCAUCGAGUCAAGCAUUAAAUGUAGAACUCCCAACUCCGGCCCGUGUAACAAGCUACAAUGGCUUAGAGAAACUUCCACCGGAAAUACGACGCCAAAUACUAUCUACUCUGGAUUUGCAGAGCCUAAACUUCUUGGUGCAUUCAUCUGCUAUUUUUCACGAGCAGUAUCUUGAGGAUCGACGGUAUCUACUCUGUUCGUCGUUGGAAACGACACUAGGCAUCGUUACCUCCGAUGCUUGUGCUGCCUUUCAGUCUGGAUCUCCCGACUUCUCAUACACACGCGAAAAUGUUAUGAAUUUAUUAGGGUCCUUGCGAGUUAAUAAAAAACCUCUGCACGAGAGACUCAGAGAACACGAAGCAGUAGAAAUGGCCGCUUUCCAUUUAUCUAUAAUAUCGCCUCUCCUCCAAUACUACACUAGCUGGGCCCUGGCCAACCUCGCCACCCAGUCGGGAAACAUACCUAGAAGUACAACUCCCAGCCGAGUUGAGGAAAGGCGGCUGCUGCGUUUCUUCUACCGUUUCCAACUUUGUUGUAAUCUAUUCCGGAAAGGCGGCCAGAAGCAAUGUACAAAACAGAACCUGGGAUUCCGCCCCGUCGAAAUUCUUCAGCUGUUUUCCUGCCUAUUCGAGCCAUGGGAAGUUGAGGAAAUAUCGUGCAUUAAUACUUUCGCUCAGGAUAAGUAUGACCAGAUAUUUCAAGAGAUUUCCUGGGACGUGAAUAAAAAAAACCCAAAAUUCGACGGUCAACGCCCACCUACGCCCGAAGGGGCCUUUGAUUUUGAAAAUAGUUGGGCUAGGAAGCGGCUGCUAACUGGAACUGUGUCUCUUGGCCUUGAAUUGCUACACAAGGAAGCUUUGGGAGAGACGGCGCAAUGGGAGCGGCGCCAGGAAGCCCUCUCUAAAAGAGAUGAGAAGCAAAACCGACGCGACCCACUACCCUUCAAUGGAGAUGAAGAAUCGUGUCCGCCGCUGGCUUGGACGUUAAUAUGGGGUGGCACCUAUAGUAACUUAUAUGGAUACUACGUGCAGGAUACCAUUCGUCGGUUCGGAUACGUUUUUUUUUUUGACGCCAUAACGAUCGAGUCGUUAGGCGCUAAAGAUAUCUUACUUCGAGAGUGGAAGAAGGAUUGGGGUGAUAGCGAUCCACGAAAUGAUAUUUAA